AUGGCGUUCAAAAAGCGGCGCAUCUUCGAUUUACGACAGGUUCAGGCACAACAAAUGGCCACCAGUACAACCGCCAGUCGAAGACGCAGUGAUCCCAGUCAAAAUAAUCCACAAAAUCCCAUCCAUCCUGAGCAUCGAUUUAGGAAAAUCGGAGAAUGGUUCUCCGAGAAUAUGCGCAACUACUGCCAGACCACUUCGCUCCAUGGAUUCAGCUACAUCACCCGGCAGGACAUCAGUCGCAAAGAGCGAUGGUUCUGGCUGAUAGUCGUGAUUCUGGCUAUCAUUACCUCCGUUGUCCUGGUCGUGGUGUCCUGGUACUGGAGCCAGGAAACUCCAACGGUGACCGUCAUUGAGAGCUCGCACUUCCCCACCUGGAACAUUCCCUUUCCAGCAGUCACCAUAUGCAAUUUCAACAAGAUAUCCAAGAACAAGGCACUCAGCUUGCUGCAACAAAUGCAACUUCCCGCGGGUGUUAACAAAUCUGAACUCCACAACCUCUUCAAUCUCACACUUUUGCCCGUCGACAGUCUGAUUAGCAACAGUACUCUGGAGAUAUACGAUCGAAUUUUAAGCCUCAACAAUCUAACGCUUACGGGACUCACGCAGCAAUUAUCGCCAGACUGCAUCGAUAUGAUCUCCAGAUGCAUUUGGAAGGGCAUCAAUACGAGAUGUGACAGUCUCUUCCAACGCAUCGAUACCAUGGAGGGGCAGUGCUGCACUUUCAACUACUUUGGCGGCAUUACGAACAAUUUUCCAGAGAAAAUCGCAUAUCAAGUUCCAAAGCGACCUUAUCGCGUCACAGGCUGCGGCUAUCCCACGGGUCUCUCGGUGCUGCUCAAUCCCAUGAUAUCCGACUAUUACGGAACCUUCUUCAGUGGCUAUGGAUUCCGUUUGCUCCUCCACGAUGCCUACAACUUUCCGGAUGAGAACUCGGAGACAAAGGUCGUCACUACGACAAGGGAGAGUUUUGUGAGGAUAAAUCCGGAAUCCACCUACGCCACCAACGAUAUCCGCCGCAUGGAUCUUUCCCUGAGGAACUGCCUCUUUGGCAGCGAGAGGACCAUGCAUGGUCUUAAGAGGUACUCCUUCAUCAACUGCAUGUUUGAGUGCCGGGUGAGGAUGACCAUCGACCUCUGCGGCUGUCUUCCGCCCUAUGUUUUCAAUAACGGCAGCUACCAAGUUUGCGGAGUUCGGGAAACCAACUGCAUGAUUCACAGCAAGAGACUCUUCUCACACGCCCUGGCCAAUUUAAAUUUCUCACUCUCGAUUGUUAGAGAUACAGAAAGCUUUCCCUGCGGUUGUCUACCGGAUUGCCAGUCAAAUCAUUAUGUUUCUGAGAGCACUACGGGCCGGCUGGAUAUGAGUUACUUUGCCAAUCGUCCAACGUACAGCAAUGCCACGGACAAUAUACUGCUGCAUGUAUUUUUCAGCGAUCUAAUGAGCACCAGAUAUCGCACGGACAUCUUUCAGAACUGGCUAUCCGCCCUCGCUUCCUUUGGCGGUUUACUCGGUCUAAUUAUGGGAUUCAGCAUAGUGACGGCCUUUGAGUUCCUCUACUUCCUCACAUUUAGGCCCGUUUUCAACUACAUCAACCGGGCGGAAUAG